AUGUCUGACGCUGUUGAAAAAGUUAAACAGGCUGUUAAGCCCCAACAACAUUUCAAAUCUAUUACUAUUGAACAUGUUUAUCAUUAUUCAUUUAUUGAAUAUAUCACUCAAUAUUUAUUAUCAAUCCAAAUUGUCAAUUCAAUUUAUAAAUCAUUUAUUUUACCUUUGAUUGAUGUUGUUAAUGUCAAUAUUUUUUCGGUAUCACCAAUAUUUGAUGUUUUAUCAUUUAUUGAUCAAUUGAUAAAUUCUGGUUUGGUCACUUUUGAUAAAUAUUUUUUGGAAAUUCCUAUACAAACAUUGAAUUCAUUUGGUAAAACUUAUGUUACACCAAUUGAAAAUAAAUUGAUUAAUCUUAAUAAUAAAUAUUUAAAUACUGCCAUUGAAGUUAAAACUAGAAGUGAAGGUGAAUUUUAUAAAGUUGUUGAAACUAUUCAAGAAGUUUUAAUCAAUUUAAAGAAUUUUACAUUUAAUAAAUCUAUUGAAAUUCAACAAGAUUUAGUUGCUACUUAUAAUAAAGAAUUACAAUCAACUGAUCCAAAAGGUAAUUUGAUUGGUAAGAAUUUACAAGCUAGUUAUAAUACUGCUUCUAAAACUAUUAAUAAAUUGAAUGAUGAUUAUUUGACUCCAUUGAAAAAUCAAACUCAAGAUUAUGUUGAUCAAUUUGCUAGUCAAACUAAACAACGAGCUGAUGAAUUUAUUAAUGAUGCUAAACAAAAGGUUUCUCCUAAAUUGAAUGAAUUGAAAGAAUCUGCUCCAAUUGUUUCUGCAUCAGCUUGA